GAAAGUAUUUGUAGAUGAAUGAGCGAAGCAGGAAGAUAGCAGACAGCUUGUCCGAGAUCAGACAGACCCUUAACUCCACCUUGGUAACCGAACCUAAACCACACUCCAGCCAAUCCAAACCCACCGCCCAGCUUACCUCACUGGAAGCGAACGUGUCAACUGUCGUGGACCAACAUGAAGAUGUUCUCAAUCACCUGACUCGCCAGGUUAACUGCUACAAGGAAUCACUGGGAGCGCUGCGCGAGAGGUGCGAGGUGUUGGUGCAUCAGAACCAAGCGCUGCACAAAGAGUUGGAACAGCACAUUAACCUGGAUGUGACGGAGCUAGCAGGACAGGGCUGCGGAGGAGAGGUGUUAGGAGGGGAGGCCGGUGCAGCGCAUGCUAACUUAUUAGAACAACUAAUUGAUAGACGUGGUAUAUAUGAGCAGCAGAUCAGCACGUUAGAGAGGCAGGUAUCACUGCUGAAAGUAGAACUGAAGGAUUCAGAGUACCAGAGAAAUCAGGCAAGAUCACGUGCACGUGCAGACUCAGAUCACAUGACAGUUUGUGAGAGAUGCAGGGACACGCCCCUCUCUCAGGUUCACAUGACACAGGUUACAAGGUUAGAACAGGAUAAACAAGAGUUGGAAACAGCUUUAAUGAAUCUACAAAACGUGGUUGAAGUAAUGAAGAAGAGGGAGGAUGAGGCUCUGUUUAAAGUGAAGAAGAGUGUAGAGAUGGUGGAUAAGGUUAAGUCUGAUCAGGAGACACUCGAGAUAAAGUUAAAGCGCAGUUCUGACGAGUUGAACAGAGUAAGGGAGAGACACUCCGUACAGACAACUCAAGCAAAGGCUGAGUUACAACAGCUUCACGACGAGGCAAUCGCAGAAUUGAGAGACAAACUUCAUACCAAAGAGAGAGAUUUGACAGAUUCACUUACAGAAAUACAAAAACUUCAGCUGCAAAUAGAAGCAGGGGAGAGAGAGAAGAGGGAGCAACAAAACAUGAUAGAUAGAUACAGGGAACAAGGUCUAACCAGCAUGGAAGUAGUGGACAAGACAUCCCAGCAGUUGCGCGACCAGCUGCGCCAUGCACUUCAGGAGCGUGAUGAAGCCAUCAGUCAACUAGCACUAAACAAAAACAAUGUGCAGCUGGAACUACAUGAUAGACAAAGAGAAGUGCAUCAGUUACAGGGCGAGGUCACCAGGUAUAAAGCUAGGACAACUUCUGGCGAGGAGAUUGUUAGGAAGCUGACCUUAGAGUCUGCGACUUUACAUGAUGAGAUUGCUAACCUCAAGAUCAACAUGAACAAGGUUCAGAAUGAGAAGGUAUCGAUGGAGAAGACUAAUGCGCUGACGAUUGAACACCUCAAAUUGGUGUCAACGCAGUCGCAGCAAAGCGCUAAGAGUGAGAUUGAGGAGCUGCGCUCGAGACACAGUGAAACGGUUGCGCAGUUGCACAAACUACUCCAGCAGCAGCAAAGUCUGGCUAACAAAUGGCGGACUGCACACAGUGAGUCUAUCAGACAGUUCGAGGAAAACUCCAAGGUAAUGUCAGAGGACUUGGCUCAGACAAAGAAGCAGUUCAAUCUCGCUCAACAAAAAUCAGGAUCCAACGAGAGUAAAGUGAAAUCUCUGUCAGCCAAAAACAAGACGCUCAGAGAAACAGAGAAAAAAAUGGCCAAGAGCUUGAAACUAGCAGAGUCACAUAUAAUUAAGACAGCAGAGGAAUUGUAUGGUGUAGUGCAAAAGAAGAAUAAUCUGAUGCGCGAGCGCUCUGUCAUGGCUAAAGAGAUAAACUUGUUGCAGACCCAACUCUGUGAUGUUCCUACAUUUGUUCCCAAACACUAUAUCGAGAGUCCUAAACUAGAAAUUGAUGAUUCCUGAGGAGCUCUUACCCUAGGGGCUCCUGCUCUGAAUUAUAACCAAUAUUCCGGAGGAUUUUAAAUAAGAGUUUGAGGGUACCCGGUACAAGCUCAUACUGGUUGGAACUUUGAUGUUUGUGAGUUGCUAAUGAUACUUUUUGGUGAUUUUGUGAUCAGUUCUCUUUUUAAUGGAAGGGAAAAUAAACAGGUAUAUGUUUUCAGACUCAGAACUUUAUAUUGACCAUUUUGUAUUUUACCAGAUCACACUUUUAUUUUAAGUCUAAAUUUAACUAUAUGAAAUCUUAUUUUAAGUGCGUUUUUGUGCGAAGCAUGUUUCAGAUUUAUGUCAUAUUUAAUCAAGUCCACUGUAAUAUAUAUUGUAAAUCAUGUUAUUCAAAAGAUUAUCUAAUGAAAAACGUAAUGGUGUUUCUAUAGGCAAUAAACCUCCUUUUGAUCAUAUACUACGGUGAAUAUCAUUUUAUUUCUGAUCCACCGAAAUCAGAAAACAAUUUCAAUGUCAUGUCAGUGAACAUAUUGAGUAAACACCACUUUGACUUGAUGAUUAUCUUUUUGCCUUUUAUCGUUAGUAAAUUAUUAUUUCCAAGUAUCAUUUUAUCACAACACCUCAACCCAGAAUGGCUGAAGGAACAGAAGCAGUACAAUCAGUUCUCUACUACACAGAAGCGGAAGCAUUUGUUGAAUCACUCCGCACAUUCCACAUCAAAGACAUUGGAACGGACAAAUGGGAAACACAGAGAGAAAACAUAGAGAAACUGAAUAUUCAGGCGGUGGUGGACGCUACUAACAAUGUGGAAGAAUCUAUCAAAGAACUGUUGAUAACCCACGAGAAAAUACCCACUAUAAUACACGAACUCAUAGCGCUGGAUCUCUGGAAACGAAACAUUCUCCCUAAAAUCCUAGAAAUGGAUUUUAACGCAGAGACCUCCUUCCCUGCAUACGUAGUCAUGUUCUACGAGGCUAUCCUGAUAGGGCUGCUAGAAGUACUUCUCUUUCACAGCGAGUGUUGUGAAGCAGCCGGGGACUCACUACACGAUCUGUUGCAAUACUGCCAACAUAAGUUAGUGUGGUUGGUGGCUGGGGAGGAGGACUGGCAUACCAUCUCCACAGAGACCACUAGUGUUGAGGAUGCCAAGGAGGAGCUUAUCAAGAGACACAAGAAAAUAUCGUUUGAUGUGGCACUGAAAUGUAUUGCAGUGGUGAGGUAUGUUGGAGAGCAUUCCAAGGAUGUUUCGUUAGGUAUCACCACACGUGUUCUGAACACGUACGAUUUCCCCGCAAUAUUUGCUGGGCUGAUUGAUAACCCCCCGUGGUUAGUCCGGGAAGACAAGGGACAGUGGUUGAAGUAUGAUAACAGUAAGUGGAAUAAAACCUCACAUGAUGAUGUUAAGAAACUCAGCAAACUUGAAGGUCAGCUCUGGAUUGGAAUGUUACAGUUCUUAAUGUCAGAGAAUUGUCAGAGGAACUAUCAGCUCAACUCUUCCAAUCAAGCCAGUAUUCUGAAGUUGCGUGCGCACUUUCACCCUCAAGUAUUGAACCAGCUGCCAGCGCUCGUUGACUUGCAGCGCUACUUGGAGGAGUUGUCCCUCAUGUCCACUCCUACAUCGCGCCCACCUCUCAUUCUAGAACAAGUUCCCGAAUUUUAUACAGCACUUGAGAAUAAAUGUAACGGCAAGUGGCACGACCUUGCUGUCAAACAUUACAAAGCUAUAUUCUGCAUGUCAAAGGAGCGAAUGAAGAAGCAAGCUGACAAGUUUGCUGCCACAUAUGACAUGGAUGUAAUGUCUGACCUGAUAGCUGAACCUCCUAAGUGUGAGAACUGCGGAGAAGGUGCAGCUAAAAGAUGCUCAUCAUGCCAAACUUCCUGGUAUUGUGGAAGGGAAUGCCAGGUGAAACACUGGUCCAAACAUAAGGAAAAUUGUAAGCUUAUUGCUAAAACUAUGAAGCAUGCUAAGGACCUAAAGGCUGCUAAUAAUCAGGGCGGUUCAUGAACAGAUUUGCAUUUAGGGCCAUUUUCAUCAUUCUUUACAAACUGUUCAUUGUACAGUCGUCAGAUAUUUGAGCAUUCUUCGAAUUUCUAGGUCGAUGUACAGAAUUUUUAAUUUUUCAGUGUAAAUAACCACCAUUUCUACCAAUUUUUACACUUCACAGUUCAUAGUUGCAGAAAGUAGUAUAUUUAUUUUCAGAGCUUAUUAAUAUUAUAUAUAUUGUUGUACGGUAAAUCUAAACUUUAUUUAUAAUGUAUAAAUAAUGUAUAAAUUCAAGUUGUUAAUCAUAA